AAUUUUUUAUAUGCUUUCUGUUUAAAUUAAGUGUUGUUCUUUUAAGGAUAAGAUAUUGCAAUUUGUAUAUAAGUAGAAGAACCUCAAGCAUUUUAGAUAUCAAUAUGUAAUCUCACUUUCUAGCUACAACUUCUUCACCAUCCAUCCAAGUUUCCCGAUCUUGUUAAAUAUCGGCAUACCUUUGUAGCCAUGACAGAAAUACAUCCAAGUGAUGGCAUAUACGAGUUACCCAUCGUCACAACACCAACACACGCAAACCUUCAGCCCAGAAGAUCAAUAUUAUCUCUAUUUGACUACCCUCCUGGUUUUACGCGGAAGGUGGUGGCGGAAGUGGUGGCUACAUUCUUGUUGGUGUUUAUGACAUGUGGAGCCGCAUCACUUACCACAAGUGAUAACCGCAAAGUGUCACAGCUUGGAGCCUCAAUUGUGGGUGGGCUUAUUGUAACUGUGAUGAUCUAUUCUGUGGGACACAUAUCCGGUGCACACAUGAACCCAGCCGUCACAUUUGCUUUCGCUACUGGUGGACAUUUCCCUUGGGUUCAGGUCCCUAUAUAUGCCGCAGCACAACUAACAGGGUCCAUAUCAGCUUCCUUUGCUCUAAGGGCAUUGUUAGAACAGACAAAUAAUUUGGGCACAACAACACCUUCAGGGACAGACGUACAAGCUUUGAUUAUGGAGAUCAUCGUCACUUUUUGUAUGAUGUUUGUCACUUCAGCUGUCGCUACUGACGCUAAAGCGGUAGGAGAGCUAGCAGGUAUGGCAGUUGGGUCAGCAGUAUGCAUAACUUCCAUUUUUGCAGGGCCAGUGUCGGGAGGAUCGAUGAAUCCAGCACGCACCAUUGGACCUGCAAUAGCUAGCAACAACUAUAAGGGCAUUUGGGUGUACAUUGUCGGUCCGGUAAUAGGGACGGUAUCGGCUGUGAUGUGCUACAGUUUCAUUCGAUAUAUUGAUAGACCAGUUCAAUCUAUAUCUUCUUUUAAACUUGGAAGAACGAAGAGUAAUGUCGAAGAUGUUUAAGAGAAAGAUUCUCUUAGUUUGGUAUAAUGCUAUUAAUUAGUGAAAUGUUAUAUGAUAUCAAAGAGCUUCAAUGAAGCUCACCAUAUUAGUCUAUGUGUUAUAUGAUAUCAAAGAGCUUCGAUGAAGCUCCCCACAUUAGUCUAUGUGUAUAUUUCAUAAUAAAUAGUUGGUGUGGUUCUCUUGGGUUCAAUUAUCAUA